AUGACCGUAUUCUCACAAUCUCUGCUAUUGCUGGCAUGUGUGCUUCUGACGUGCUUAGCAACUCUUCUAUUUUUCAUCAUUUGCGAAUACCUCAUCUCUCCGGACCGACCUGCUGCUAAGCUGGUACUGCACAGAAUUGUUGAUGAGAGCCACCAGCCGACUACAUUUGUCACAUAUUUCAGAGCUUCAAUGCUAGUUUCAGUGGCCGUCGCAAUUUUAGGUGUGGAUUUCCCUGUUUUUCCUCGCCGCUUCGCUAAAACAGAGAAGUAUGGCCACAGUUUGAUGGAUGUUGGCGUUGCCGGCUUUAUAUUUGCGAUGGCUAUUGCCAGCCGAUUGAAAGCACUAAAUAACUGGGAUGGAAGAGCUCCGCGUAAA